GACGGUACUAUGUACACCGGCGUAUAAGAAUCGUUACAAAGUACAGUCUGUCUAACAAGAGCGCGAGCGGCGAGACAUUUUGCUGGAUACUAUUGGAUGCGUCAUUUCUGAGCGGGCAUGUAGCACGUAUAAUGUAUAUUCGGAAUAUAGCGUGUAUAACAGAGGUGGAGAUGAACCGUCGGUGAUUGUCGAAACGUGUAAACGUUCGUGCGAAACGUGAUACAAACGACGGACAAAGAGGGUCGACCGGGGAUGUUUACCGAAAACCGUGGACUGUCGUUGCGUAAAGGAGUUGCGUAAACGCGCGAAGUUGAAGGAGAAAAGUGUAAAUCCUGCGAAAGCAUUCGAAACAUUCGCAUGCUUAUGUGCACCUUGAAACGGCGAGGCACGGUGAAAAAAGCCGACCGAAAAAGCGCGUCGAGAGGAGAAAUGCCAGGCCGCGAAGGAAUAUCGAUCGUCAUCGGUGCGAGAUCAUUCUUCUUCGACGUAACCUCGCCUUCCGGCGCUGCACGGGCUGCCGGAGGUAUGAGUAAAGACUGCGGAAUAUGCGGCAUUUACCCCCGAUGGCUGCGGAAUCGGGCCACCCCGAGGAACUUCAUCGCCGUGUACGGUUUAUUGGGCACCGUUCAGGCGAUGGCCUUCAUCUACAUCGUCGUCACCUUGACGACGCUGGAGAAGAGAUUCAAGAUACCCAGUCGUACAACUGGGCUUAUCCUUUCCGGCAACGAGAUCUCUCAGGUCUUGUCUUUGAUCUUGACCUACUACGGAGGAUCUAGUCAUCGGCCGAGGUGGAUCGCGGUUGGCGUCGGCCUGAGCGCGUUAUCCUGCCUCGUUUUGGCUCUACCGCACUUCAUAUACGGCCCGGGCAAGGACGCAUUGGCGUUGACGAAGGAAUAUCUGGAUCAGACUUUGCUGAAUACGACGACGGUCCCGAAGGAUCUCGCGAUUUGUCCGCGCACGGACAAUCCGGAGCAAUGCGACGCCGAGACCAUGAUAAGCGUCAACCUCCUCCCCCGACUGCUGGUUUUCAUAUCUCAAUUUAUCCUUGGCAUCGGAACUACGCUUUACUACGGCCUGGGACAGACGUACUUGGACGAUAAUACGAAGAAGAAAAAUACACCUAUGCUCUUGGGCUUUACGUAUGCUUUACGAACUGUGGGCCCGGCGAUCGGAUUCCUGCUGAGCUACGCCUGCUUGAGCUUAUACAUCGACCCGAAGCUCCAUCCUGUUAUCACGAAGAAGGACCCGCGAUGGCUGGGCGCCUGGUGGCUCGGCUGGAUCAUCCUCGGCGUCACGAUGGGCAUGUUCGCCGUUCUGAUCGCCAUGUUCCCACGUAAUCUUCCGACGUCGAAAGAUACUCCCAAGAAGGACGGUGAAGUACCUUUGAAGCUAGACGUCGUGCUUCAGCAGAAGUGCGCGAUACACAUAGAACCCAGCAAACCGAUACCUCUGGAGGUCGAGUACAUACCGACAAUCCGCGAAUUUCCGAAAGCUAUGAAGCGGCUGUUGACGAACUGGCUGUUGACAUGCAACAAUCUGAGCUCCGUAUUUUACGUGCUCGGCGGAUCGGUCUAUUUCACGUUCCUGGCGAAGUAUCUCGAAGUUCAAUACAGUACGUCCGCGGCUGGCGGUACUGUGAUAGCAGGUCCGAUAUCAUUAAUAGGAAUGGUAUUGGGAUUUUUAUUGUCGGGAUUGAUAAUCAGCAAGUUCAAACCGAGCUCCAGGCCGCUCCUCGCGUGGAACGUACUCGUCGGCAUUUGCUACGUCGCCGGACAGGUGUCUUUCAUAUUUCUCGGGUGUACGAGCGCUGGGAUUCGCGGUGUCGACUUAGAAACCAUGCAAAUCAAUCUGACAGCCAGUUGCAACACCGACUGCAAUUGCGCGGGCGUCAAGUACUCGCCGGUCUGUCACGAGGCGUCGAGGACGACCUUCUUCUCCGCCUGCCACGCGGGAUGCCGGGCGUUCCUGGACGACAAACAGUUCGGCAACUGCAGCUGCCUGCCGCUGGACGAGCCGUCGAGCCAUCUCCUGAGCCAGCUCGAGCAGAUCCCCGGCAGCAGAUCGUUCCUACCGGAGCAGCACGUGCAGCAGCCGGCGGAGGGGCCGACGUACGACAAAGUCCGGGCCGGUCCGUGCACGAACGACUGCAACCGGCCGUACCUCUUCUUCACGGUGCUCUCCUGCGUGGUGCACUCGUUAGCCUGCUCCGGUAAGAUCGGCAACGUCCUGGUGAACUACAGGAGCGUCGAGAAGCGGGACAAGAGCUUCGCUCAAGGCGUCACGCUCAUGUUCAUCUCCCUGUUCGCCCUGAUCCCGGGCCCGAUCAUUUACGGGGCCAUCAUCGACUCGACCUGCCUGAUAUGGGAGGAGUCCUGCGGGAAUCGGGGUAACUGCUGGUUCCACCACCAGGAGAACUUCCGAUACUACGUGAACGUCUCGGCGGCCGGAUUCACCGUGGUGGGAGUGCUGUUCGACGCUGCGGUUUGGUACCUGGGCAAGAAUCUGGAUCUGUACGGCGCGGCGGAGAGCGACAGGAGGCGCGAGUUCGCGAAGGAGGAGGUCGCCACGACCGAGGCGGACACGAAGAAGGAAGUAAACGGGAACCUAAAUCAGAGGAUACAGAACAGUCCUUUAUAACGCUUGCCGCUGCGGCCUAGUAGGGGCUCGCGGGGUUCUUCUUUAGGUACCUGAAAUUUCGCGGCUGCUGCGUGACUGAUAUGCCGAAGAACAUUCCAAUUCGUGUAUUCGCAAAGCGAUGAUUUUUAUUAAUCGACAGAAGCCGGUACGACGACGUCGGCACCGAUCGCCGCGCGCUCCAAUUGCCCACACACACACAUUCGCAUGUUUCUCUACAUGAAUAUAGGAAUAAUAUUCUCGGGAUAAUACUCGGAAGAACUGCGGAACUGGGACCACCGUCGCGCUCCCAUUCGUUUUGAACCUUUAUCCGGAAAUCUUUGUUGUCCGUUGCUUGUUCCUAUCUCUUUGUAAAUAAAUCACGAACGUUUUUUUGUUAA